AUGACUUCUACUGCAAGUGAGGCUACCUCUACUGAUACCAGCUCAUCUACUCCAACGCCUGAGGCUACCUCUACGGAUACCAGCUCAUCUACUCCAACAUCUGAGACAGCCUCCACAUCUCUUUCCACUUCCACAUCAGGGACAAGUACCCCUUACACUUCCACACCCAUAACUUCUACUGGGACAAUUACACCUUCUCCAACUACCAGUCCACCUACUCCAACUCUUAGUGGCACUACCACAACUCACUCAACUUCCUCUGAUGGAGAAACAUCUUCACCUAUCACUUCUAUGACUACUACAACUGAGCCUACCUCUACUGAUGCCAGCUCACCUACUCCAACAUCUGAGGAAACCUCCACAUUUCAUUCAACUUCUACAACAGUGACAAGUGCCUCUGACACCAUAGCCUCCACAACUUCUACAGGGAUUAGUACACUAAUUUCAACUGUGAUUGGCACUACCACAGCUCAGUCAUCUUCCACCGAUGGAGGACUAUCUUCAACUAUCAGUUCUAUUACUGCUACUGCUACUGAGGGUACCAAUUCUGAAACCAGCUCAACUACUGAAACGUCUGAGGAAACAUCCACAUAUCCUUUAACUUCUACAACAGUGACAAGUGCUUCUUACACCACAGCAUCUACAAGUUUAACUGGGACCAGUACACUCACUUCUGCUAAUGGAGGCUCCUGGGAUGGGAUCAAGUGCAUCUGCACCCUCCCCUACUACGGGCCUAGAUGUGAGAUGAUGCUUGAGAGCCUACAGAUUGAACCUCCGCCAGAGAUAGUCACUGCCCAAGUGGAACUAUCUGUGACAGUGACCAAUAAAAACUACACUGAACAUGAAAGUGAUCAGUUCCUGAAUUUCAAGAAGUUAUUCACGGAACAGAUGAACCGAUUUUAUUCUGGAAUCCCUGAGUAUUACGGCAUCAACAUCACAAAAAUACUGAGUGGCAGUGUGGUGGUCGUUCAUAACGUCCUCCUGAGGACGAGCUUCACCCCAGAAUACAAGAAAGUACUGGACAGUGCCGCCCAGAAGGUGGUGAAAGAAAUCAUGAAUACUACCAAAUGGCUAGUAAUGACUGAUAACAAGAACUGCUCAGACACACUGUGUUACAGAGCAAAUGCCACCAAGCUGGAAGAAAUUAGAAUACAGUAUGACCCUGAAGCCGAGUGCCGGGAGAAGGCUGGGAAAGACUUCGCCCAAUACUUUGUAGUGGAAUACAAGAAUGACUUGCCACACUGCAUCACGGCCUGCAUGCCUGGAUUCAAAAUCUCAAUGGACUGCCACUUUGGGAGAUGCCUGGUGCAGCGAGAUGGUCCUCAGUGCUUCUGCCCGAACACAGAUACCCACUGGUACAGUGGAGAAUACUGUGAGAUGAGAGUUCAGAGGAAUCUGGUGUACGGACUUGUGGGCACAGCAAUAGCUGUGGUACUGGUUGUGCUUUUCGCCAUCUUGGUGAUCAUGCUUCGCUCCAAGAAAGAAGUGAAAAGACAAAAGCACAAAGUGUCUCAGUUGUACAGGUGGCAUGAAGAGCAUGGUGGACCAGAGCCUGGGACUUUCCAGAACACCAACUUUGACAUCUCUGGAGAACCUGAGAAUUCUGUCAGCCUGAGCUCCAUCAGCAGCAGAUUACAGCCGUCCCUGAGGCACAUAGACCAUGAAGCAAAGCUCAGCAACAGCAGCGUCCGGGCCCGGGUCCCUGGGCCCCACUCCCAGUCCGCGCUGCCACGGCCAGCUGGGGCUAGCUGGGACCACUAUGCCCUCAAGAGCUGUAACUGUGGGCAGUAG